UCCACUGUUUGCAACAUGGGACGAAAGAAACAGGGUAAAUUUGUGCGCCCUGACAACAAGAGCAAAGACAAGAGACAUAAAAUGAAGGGGAAAUCAUUAGAGGCCUUUACAGAAGAAAUGCACACUGCUUUUGAAGCAAGUCUUCAUGUAGAGGAGGGAGCAGAGGCCCCACAGGUGAAACUGCCUUGUCCACUUGCCAUGUGGGAGUUGGGUCACUGUGAUCCAAAACGCUGUACUGGCAGAAAGUUGGUGCGCAAGGGCUUUGUACGCAACCUGCGCCUCAAUCAGAGAUUUAGUGGACUCAUACUGAGUCCCAUGGGCACGAAGUAUGUGACCCCAGCAGACAGAGAGAUUGUGGCUCAAAAUGGAGUAGCAGUAAUCGAUUGUUCUUGGGCUAAACUGGAGGAGACUCCCUUCAGUAAAAUGGUCGGAACUCAUCCCAGAUUGCUGCCGUAUCUCGUAGCUGCAAACCCCGUCAACUACGGCAAGCCAUGCAAGUUAUCUUGUGUUGAAGCUUUUGCUGCCACAUUCUGCAUAGUUGGUUUUGAAGAACUAGCAGAGCUGUUGUUGAAAAAGUUUAAGUGGGGGAAAGGGUUCCUGGAUCUCAAUAAAGAUCUGCUGGACCGCUACGCUGCAUGCCAGUCAGAGGAAGAGCUGCUCACUGUAGAGAAGGAGUUUCUCACAUCGAAACCAGAGGAGGAGGAGUUUGAUCCAUUUGAUGUUAACUCAGGAGUAGAAUGUAGGAAUCUCAACAGACGUCUGUGUGCACCUGAAGAUGAUGACUCCAGUGAGGAUACAGACGCCUCAGAGGAUGACGAAGAUGAAGCAGACGAUGAGAAAACAGAAAUCAACAAUGAGUCAAGAACAGUCUCAGAUCAUCAGGAUGGAAAGGAAGAGGCUGAAUCAUCACAAUAAAGCAUGUUAGCUGUGGAUUUUUAUUAUUAGAUUUUCUGCAAGGACUGGCAAAACCUUUUCAACACUCAUCACUGAUACAUAGUCUGAGGGCCAUUUUGGGUUAUCCUGUUUUAUAAAAGUGGAAAAAAGAAAAGGAGAGAAAGAAAAAUAUAAAGUAAAUUGUAUGUUUAUUUUUAUGUAAACUGAAUAAAUUGUUUA